CAGGCUUGGACCUGGGGCGCAGCGUGGGAAAGGAUGGUUGAGUUUUAACCCGAGGCAGAGCACGAGCGGUAUCAGUGUGUGCGGAACGCGAGCUGCCGAGCGCUGAGUGGCGCCGCCGUGGUUAACUCCUCCCUGCCCCUGCGCAGCCAGCAUGAAGCGAGCUCACCCCGAGUACAGCUCCUCCGACAGCGAGCUGGACGAAACCAUCGAGGUGGAGAAGGAGAGCGCGGACGAGAAUGGAAACUUGAGUUCGGCUCUAGGUUCCAUGUCUCCAACUACAUCUUCCCAGAUCUUGGCUAGGAAAAGACGGAGAGGCAUCAUUGAGAAGCGCCGACGAGACCGGAUCAAUAACAGUUUGUCUGAGCUGAGGAGGCUGGUACCCAGUGCUUUUGAGAAGCAGGUAAUGGAGAAAGGUUCUGCUAAGCUAGAAAAAGCUGAGAUCUUGCAGAUGACUGUGGAUCACCUGAAAAUGCUGCACACUGCCGGAGGGAAAGGCUAUUUUGAUGCGCAUGCCCUAGCUAUGGACUACAGGAGUUUGGGGUUCCGGGAGUGCCUGGCAGAAGUUGCCCGUUACCUGAGCAUGAUUGAAGGACUGGAUGCCUCUGAUCCGCUUCGUGUGCGACUCGUCUCUCAUCUUAACAACUAUGCCUCCCAGCGGGAAGCUGCGAGUGGCGCCCACGCAGGCCUGGGACACAUUUCCUGGGGGAGCGCUUUCGGACAUCAUCCGCACAUCGCGCACCCGCUAUUACUGCCCCAGAACGGCCACGCUAACGCUGGCACCACGGCGUCGCCUACGGAACCACACCAUCAGGGCAGGUUGGCCUCGGCACACCCGGAGGCGCCUGCCUUGCGAGCACCCCCUACCGGCGGCCUUGGACCCGUGCUCCCCGUGGUCACUUCCGCUUCCAAACUCUCACCGCCUCUACUCUCCUCCGUGGCCUCGCUGUCCGCCUUCCCCUUCUCCUUUGGCUCCUUCCAUUUACUCUCUCCCAAUGCACUGAGCCCUUCGGCACCCACACAGGCCGCAAACCUUGGCAAGCCCUAUAGACCGUGGGGGACGGAGAUCGGAGCCUUUUAAAGAACUGAUGCUAUAUUAUGAGUGAGGGGAAAAUUUUAAAUCCUAGCUGAGCUGGACUGUGUUACCAAUAUCACCUUAAAGUCGUCAGUAAAAAUAAAAAGGAAAAAGGUACACUCUCAGAUAAUUUUUUCUAAAGACUAAAGGUUUGUUGGUUUACUUUUUUCUGUUCCAUUUUUUAUCAUGUGUAUUAGCAGUUUAAAAAAAACUAGUUGUUGAUUUUUGUUUAAAACAUUAAAUUGAGCUAGUGAGUAUAAACCAACAUUUUGUGAUAGGUUUGUACUAUGCCUAAUUUACUUUGUAAACCUCUAAGAGUGAUUCCAUUUUGUCUCAAAGUUUUGGGAAUCUUAAUAUUUAGUGUUUUUGGUCUGUUUUUCUCCUUGUAUAGUUGUGGUCUGUUUUUAGAAUUAAUUUUCCAAACCACUAUGCUUAAUGUACCAUGAUUCUGUUUGUUAAUAUUUUGACAGAUUAAGGUGUAUAAAUAAUAUUCAUGGGGGGGAGCUAUAUUGAAUUUUAUAUUUUCAAACAAAGCGUUGACAAAUCAGAUGAUCAGCUUUAUCCGAGAAAGAAGAGUCAUUCUCUGCCUCCUAUAACAAAAAAACGUGAAUGUAUGAACUAUCGGUGGCCCUGAAUCUGUAUGACUGACUCCUGUUGUCUGCUAGGACUUGCUGUUCUGGCCUUGGGGCUGAGGAGACAUGCACUGGUAGGUUAGGGUCCCCAUUUGGAGGGCUGGGGGUGUAUGAAGAGGAUUGCAUAGAAUAUGACUACAUUUACUAGACCCAAGCAAUGCAAUGAAUUUUUAAUCCCACAUCUCAAAUUCACAAGUCUUAACCUGGAUAAAUGAUCAUGGUAUGCAAGAGGUCAGUUGAAUAGUACAGUGGAACCUGUUAAAUGCAUAACCUUAUUUUCCUGGAUCUGCCAGAUUUUCUUUUAAUUGGAGGUUUUUAUGUUGUGUUUCCCCUUUGCUGCAUGGAAAUGUGGUUGUUGAGAUAUUGGAAAGGGCUUUGCUGCCUACUUCUCUUUGGUUUCUUUAAUUUGGUUCAGGCUAUAAAAAUAUCAUUUUACAGGUUUAUUUCUUUAGCCGGUAUAGUUUCAUCGACCUCCACUGAACUGGGGUUUUGACCUCUGUUGUACUGAUGUGUUGUGACUAAAUAAAAAUGAAAG